UCAGAGCAAGGAGAUUGUCACUAGUGUGUGCAUCUAACAGCUCAGGGCUAAUCUCUGGACUCAGAUAGAAGUCAGCAUGACAAGCAACAACAACAACAGAAUGCAAGGUGGGAAAGCUUUUGGGAUACUGAAGGCACAACAAGAAAUGAGGUUGGAAGAGGUCAAUCAGGAAUAUCUGUCAGAUGAAAAAUACAAGGAUGAAGACGACUUAAAGGAAAAACUUGAAAGCGCUAAAAAAAAAUUCAUGGAUUUCGACCUAAAUGAUCAAGGAGAGAUUGACAUGAUGGGUCUAAAAAUGAUGAUGGAGAAGAUGGGGGUCCCGAAAACUCAUCUAGAAGUGAAAAAGAUGAUUACAGAAGUGACAGGAGGAAACAGCGAUGCCAUUUGCUACCAGGACUUCGUUAAAAUGGUGCUCGGAAAGCGGUCAUUUGUUCUGAAAAUUAUCAUGAUGUUCGAAGAAAAGGCCAAUGAGACGGCUCCAAGACCUGUAGGUCCCCCACCAAGGAGACACAUCAGCAGCCUUCCAUGAAGCAGACUGACAAUGUAACAAGAUGGCAGCCUGCACUAUCUUCCAAUGUACAAAGCCAAGCAUUUUUCCAAGCACUGCUACAAAGGACAUUCACCAGCAGACAAAGUGCCUUGAGAGGACAAUUUUCACUCUCGCAUCUCCUCCUCUUCAUUUCUGUAUUUUAUUGACCAACCUUUUCUCCUGGACGGUCCUCUAGAGCUUCUACUAUUUAUUACAGGGGAGACAAUUCAAUGAGACAUUAUGGGCCUCAUGUAUAAAAAGUGUCUGAAAUGCAAGGGUCUGUU